AUGGAGUAUUGCCACCUUAGCCUCCCCCUCAAUUUCAUGCUGCUGAACAAUGCCGUGGGAUUUGGAGGGUGUGGCGUGGUGAGUGGUUCCUGGCUGAGGCUUUGCAUGUGGCUGGACCUGCGGCUGGAUGUGUACUGGACUGUGGCAGUGCAGCUGCACCUCUUCCUGGUAUACCCUCUCCUGCUGGCCCUGCUCCAUACCAGCGUCGGACCAGAGCGCCUGGCACGGACCUCGGGCAUCCUCUUCUCGCUCAUCAUUCCUGCCAUAAGCCUGGCCCGGUAUGCAAGCAGCCUGGCAAGGCACGUGACCCUGCCACUGCCCGCCCUGGGCCACCCAGAUCUGGACCCCGCCUGGAUCGAGCCAAUCCUGAGCUACUUCCACGGCCCCCUGGGCUACUACUCCACCCUCACCCGCGCCACCAACUUCCUGGUCGGCGCCCUGCUGGGCCUCCUGCCGUAUACGUUUCACGCAUUCCUCCUGCACAUCCCUGUCAUGUACUGGGCCGAGGCCUGGCUGGCGCCCCGGGGGGCAUUGCUGCGCUUGACCCUGGCGGCGCCCCUCGCCGGCCUGGCCGCUCUGGUCCUGGCUGUGUGGUGCGCCUCGCUGGCCGCCGCUGCGGCGCUGGGGGCGCUGGAGAGGGCCGUGCUCCAGCCCGCGCUCUCCAGAACCCUGGCCGUGGUCGGCUGGUGA